GUGACGGUACAGUGACGGGACUCUCCGGUGUUUACACGCUGAGGUGUUUGAUGCGCGGUGUACCGGGGCGGAGCGGAGCAGCGGCUCCGUGAGGAGAGAGAGAGAGAGAGAGAGAGAGAUCAGCGCGCGCGGUGUUCCUCCCGGACCGGCCAUGGGCUCGAGACUGAGCCGCCAGAGCAGCCUGGACGGUGGUGGAGGAGGCUCGCGCAGGAGAGGAGCAGGGGGAGGGGGGCGGCGGAAGCGCGCGGACAGCGGCGGGGAGCGCGAGCACAGCGCAUCGUUCCCCGUGAUGCUGCUGAGGACCGACCGGCCGCGCGCGAGCGCUCAGAGCCCGUACGUCAGGCGCGUGGCCUGGAUCAGAGACAUACAACAGCUGCUGCGCGAGCGCAAAGCGGAGGAGGCCGCGAGCGUGCUAAGACAGCUGAGGAAGGAUCUGGGAUUAGAGGGGACAUCCCUGAAUGACAUUUUAUACAAAAACGCAGCUUUCCUCAAUCUGGUGGAUCCGAUUUCACACGAGCUGCUGCUGAGCCUCGCUCGAGACAUGCAGUGUCCCAAAAAGGAUCUGGACUUGCUGAAAUCGUCAGAUAAAAUCUGCAGGCAGCUCAUCUAUCACCUGACACCGCACUCGAAGUGGCUGAGGCAGAGCAUGAGCCGGAGAAAAGCCCAUGCCUGGCUGAAAACGACUCUUCAGAAGAAGCUCUGCAGUGACUCGGUGGAUCUUUCUGGAAUCCCUCUGUCCACUCGGGAUGUUCGACACGUCGGGUAUUACCUCCAGACCAGUGGGGGUGCUGUCAUCUCUGUGGAUUUAAGCUUUACUGAACUGCGAGAUGAAGGUUUGCGAAUCCUGCUGCCUGUUUUAAGCGUUUUGCCCAAACUAACCACGCUGGCGUUGAACGGAAACCGCCUGACCGUGUCCAUCAUGAAGGACCUGACCGAGGCCGUGAAAACCCCACGGAGCUUCUCGUGCCUGGCCUGGAUCGAUCUCGGGAACAAUGUGGACAUAUUCACCAUGCCUCAGCCCCUUCUAGUGGCGCUAAGGCGGCGCUGCAGCUUAAAGAGCAGUUUACCGACCAUAUACGAGUACACCGAGGGGCAACCAUAUUGCUACCGUAUGGAAAGUUCCAUUGAGGAAGCGAGCCUUUACGAGGAAGAUGAAGAAGAGGAUGAAGAAGAUGAGAUGGAAGACAAGCUAGAUGUGGAGCAGUGGAGCAUCGUAGAGCAGAAAAGUUCUGGAAGUUUUACCUUGAACUAUUGCGAAAGGUGAAGCUAACCCUUGACCUUUAGCGUUCACUUGAGCACUCGAGGACCGAGGGAGGAAAUUAGACAAAUUUGAAGAAGACAGAGGGACGAAGGCAAAAACGUUCCUUCUGUUCACCAAUUGUCGUCGCUCCAUGAGUUCCUCUGUUCCCCAUCGUGGCUUUGUUGUGAUCCAGCACCAUCGCAUUCACACAGGAAGUCAAAUGGCGACAAGAAAAACGAAACGGCGCGCGAUUAGCGUAAAAAAUCAGCCACACACUUACCGUUUUAGCCGUCCAUGCUCCUUGAUGCUGAGGAGGGGUGGUUCAUUGGGUCUUUGGCUGGACUGAGGGGAGAUUCAGAGAUGUCACUUUCUUCUACACACAAUCUAAAAUAAUUGAAUUAAGAAAUAAAUAAACAGAUGAAAGAUCCAAAAAAUCCAGAAAGUAUGGACGUAUUAGCUUGAUUAGCUGAUAAGCGUCCCCAUGGUGUUUCUGUACAAGGAGUCCAAAAAUUUAGCUAUGGUGGAGUACUGAUGUGUGUGUGUGUGUGUGUGUGUGUGGUUAGAUUUGGCACACUGCCACACAUUGCCGAUAACAUCACUAAACGCCACUGUGUUCCUUGCUAAUCUUCCAACAAAAGCCAUGAGCGCAGCUCGACAAACCCGUGACGUGAUGCUGACAAAACUGCUACGUCAGGAAGGUUUUUUCCCAGAAACGUUUAGUUGUAGACGUCCAGUCGUCACUUAGCAACACGUCUCUGCAUGUAAUGAUCAAAAAUAUAUAUUUGUACAUAACAUUGUGAUACUGCUAACACUGGCUCUUCACUCCUGUGUUCAUUAUUAUUGCUAACAAAUAUCAUCUGUAUGCUAAUUUGUGACUUUUUCAGAUUACAUAAUACAUCAAGUGAGCCUAGGUAGCUCCAAGGCUAAUUUCAGUAUCUACGCAUAUAUAUUAAGGCUUUAUGUUAAUCAUUGCUUACUAAGUCUAGAGUGCUAAUCAACUGACAUGCUAACAGCUAGUCGCUUUUAACUCCAGUAGCAUUAGCAUUUCAGUUACUUGGCUAAGGCAAGAAGGGCUAGUCUGACUAGUGUGACUGGGGGUCCAGUAUUUGCUACUUCCUGUAGCUAUUUUAACCCUUUAAAGAGGAUUUUUGCACAUUUUAGCCAUUUAUUGUAAAGGCUAAUUUGAUUUAAUAUCAAUGUGAAACACGUAGCGUAUUAGCAUGUAUCUAAAGCUGGUAUUUCUUCUUCCAAUAUUACACCUUCUCAUAAGCAGACACACACACACACACACACACACCCACACAGACUGUAAAUGUUAGUAAUCUAUAAAAUUACUGUAAUAUAGUGUGUUAUCUUUCCGCUGUGUGUAUAUGUGUACUAGUGUAAAGUUGUCUUAAUGUUGUUGUGUGUG